AAUGGCGACUACCAUAUCACAUGUAAACAGAACAACAUGCGCAUGAACAUGAAACUAGCCAAGGCCUAUGAUGAAACAUUGCCGUGUUGAGUUGUGAUUAAAAAGAACAGGUAACAUAAAUUAUGGCAACUGCUUUCAAUUCGAGUGAUGAUGUCAUUGAACGAAAAAUUCAAGUCACUUCCACUGGUACUGCUUCUGAGGCCCUGUCUGAUGUGUACGAAAUAUCUCGAAGCGUUCAGUGGAUUUUAAAGGGGGAUUUCAAAAGGGUGGCUUUGCAGUUUCCAGAUGAGUUGCUUGUUGAUGCCCCAGCUGUUGCUACUAAAAUUCAUUCAGAAGCAAGUGAGGCCCUGGUGUUUCUUCUAGGGGACACUUCUUAUGGAAGUUGCUGUGUUGAUGAGGUGGGAGCACAACACUAUAAGGCGGAUUGCAUCAUUCACUACGGACAUGCCUGCCUGAGUCCCACCACUCGUCUGCCUGUUCUCUAUGUGUUUGGAAGGUCCCCCAUAGAUGUGCAAGACUGCACAACAAAGAUCAUCCAAGUCUGCUCAGAGGUUGGCAAAACAGUGCUGUUCUUUGACACAACAUACUGUCAUGCUAUAGAUGAAAUUGACCAGAUUCUACAGCAAACUUCAGUACCACCUGUGUUAGCUGAAUUGAGGAUACCUAAAGGUUUAAAAUCUACGGCAGUUCUGGCAGAAAGUGCAGGACCUUUACAGAAAGAUGUUGAUGCGUCUGAGGCUUGUCUGCCAUCUGUUGUUGAUUCAAGCAAAUCAGUGAUGUGUGCAUGUGGACGGAAAAUAACACUGCCCGAUGGCGACAAGAUAGAGGACUAUUCCAUGAUAUUCAUCGGGGAUCCAAGCUGUGCCACACUGAUAAAUUUAAUGAUGACUUUCAACAAGUGCCAAUUUUAUACGUAUAAUCCCUCUACACUGUGCUGUCAGAGAGAGACUUUGCAAGUCAAUAAAGCUCUUAUGAAGCGGUACUAUUUGAUAGAAAGAGUGAAGGAUGCUAGCAUAGUUGGUAUUGUGGCGGGGACUUUAGGAAUUGCGAAAUACAAAGAGGUUAUGGACCAUGUGAAAUCGUUGUUUAAGGCCGCAGGGAAGAAGAGCUACACCUUUGUGGUGGGAAAACUGAACCCAGCCAAACUGGCGAACUUUGCUGAAGUUGAUGUUUAUGUCCUCGUGGCAUGUCCUGAAAGCAGUUUAUUGGACUUGUCGGAUUUUUACAGACCCGUGGUGACUCCUUUGGAAGUGGAGUUUGCAUUGAACAAAGCGCGGGAAUGGACUGGAGCGUACAGUUCCGAUUUUCAGGAACUACUGCCCGGAGGAUCUUUGUACGUUGAAGCGGGCGAAUCAUUUGAUGAGGACGGUACAGCUGAUGUGUCCCUCAUCAGUAACAAAGUCAGAUACCUAGGUGUCCGAACUGCGCCAGAAGUUUCAAGUGUUCCCAGUAAGGAGAUGGUUCUCCGCUCUGAUGCGCUGGCGGUGUCAUCGGUGGCAGAGAAUGCUGGUGAGUUCCUCAUCAAUAGGAGUUGGCAGGGCCUUGAGCGUAAGCUAGGGGAAACACCAGUUGCUAAAGCUGUGGAAGGGACAAGUGGCAUUGCUGCCAGCUACCAACACGAACCAGGGACGUAACUGUAGGGAAACCAGUCAGAGUCUGUGACAAGCUUCUUGUUGUCUAGAAUUUUUUAAAAAGAUUUUUUUAAACACCCCCCGGGGCGGUGCCACUGACUGACGUGUCUUUAGGCCAUUCCC